AAACACUUUAGCAACCUCGACUUUUUGCGCCAUCUAAGUAUCACGAUCAAGGGCCGGUCCGCCAGAGCUCUCAAUUAACCCCUCACAAUGGCGCCAAUCGACCGCUGCUUGGCCUCCAUGGCCAGGCUAUCCCUCCUCCAGACUCCUCGACCGGCAAUUCCCACGAUACCGAAGUUCCUCGCCCCGGCGGCUGCUCAACAAGUUCGACAGGCUUCGGUUGUGAGAAUCAAGAAGACAAAGAAGAAGAAGGCGUUGCCUAAGGACUUCAAGAGACAUAACUUGUCCAAGAGGGAAUUUCCUCAAUACUCGUUAUGUGAAGCUAUGAGAGUCCUACGAGCCGUUGAAGUUGGACAACCGCCUGCUUCGGUCAAGUACGAAAUUCACAUCAACCUCAAGACCGCCCGAAACGGACCCGUCAUCAAGAACAGCGUCCGACUUCCUCACCCCGUCCAGAGCGAUUGGCAAAUUGCCGUCAUCUGCCCCGAAGGCAGCGAGAUCGCUCAGCAAGCCACCGCCGCAGGUGCUGUAGCCGUCGGUCAAGAAACCCUCUUCGAAGCCAUCAAAAAGGAACAGAUCAACUUCGACCGUCUCAUCUGCCACGAGGCCAGCGAAGGAGCUCUCAACAAAGCCGGUCUAGGAAAAAUCCUCGGUCCCAAGGGUCUCAUGCCCAGCAAGCGUAUGCGAACCAUCGUCCCCGACGUCGUCAAGUCGAUGCGAGACUCUGCUGGUGCAGCUGAUUACCGUGAGAGACAGGGUGUUAUUCGUAUGGCUAUUGGACAGUUGGGUUACUCGCCGGAUCAGCUCAAGAACAACAUCAAGGUGUUGCUGAACAAGGUCAAGGCGGAGUGUGCGGAGAUUUCAGAGGAAGUGCACAAGGAGGUUCACGAGGUUAUUCUCAGCACAACCCAUGGACCUGGCAUAAGCUUGAAUGGAAAGUUGAAGGAUGCAGAGGAGCAGAUUACCCCCGAGGCAUUGUCGAGCAUCAUGUAAAAAUAGCCUUGAGCUUGUAUAAUUGUAUCAUAUGUCAUAUUAAGAAUAGACCUUGUGAGCGUCGUGGGUAUCAUUAUUCAUUGUGGCUAUGAACUGCCUCUGAGGGCCUUGACGGCCUCUGAUUGUGCAUCUAGCACUCUAUAUAUCGCCAGGCAUUUCAGCACUCUAUCCUGUCCUUUUACACCAGCCUUCUUUGCUUCUUUUAGAGCAUUGCCCAAGUCCAGCAGCAACGUGUUUCUGCACCGUGUCAAACGUUCCUCCAUCUUGAUCACAAACGGGGCAUCUGGGUCUAAAGACUCGAGUAGCUUUGUGAUGCGGCUGCAUUCUUGUGCCGAAACAAGGAGCCUUGUUGGGGAGCUUCCGUAGUUGUCGUCCUCGUCUUCCUCCUCGCUUUCUUCGUCCCACUCUUCAUUGUUCGGUAAACUAUCCAGGGACAGGCGUUCUUCUAGUGAUGCGAGACGCUCAGAGAGCUCAAUCAUCUUACGCCCCUUCUCAAUAGCUGAUCGUACGCCACGUAGCUCUCCGUUGAGGGCAUUCGCCUCCUCUUUUCGCUCCGUAACUUUCGUCUUGACUUCCUCUACAGCUCGUCGGAAACCAAGUAGAGAAACCUUGACAUCCUCGACCUUGUCAUCGCCGCCGCGCAGUUCGCUGCCGAGCGAAAGAAAGGCUGUGUAGUUCGAAUUGACGAGCUCGAGAAGUUCAGAGCUGAUCGCAGCACUCCUGUCGCGAAGAUCUGAUCGCAAAUCCUCGAGAGUUUGGUGGCGAUGUGGUAAAGCAGAUAGAUAGGCGGCAGGUUGGAAGUCUUGAGCUAAGAAGUCGGCGCGUGGGAGAGCUUCAGGAAAUGGGAGAGGAGCAUCUUCAUCGACAGAGGAAGUGUCUGAGCCGGAGAGUGUAAAUGGAGCGGAUACUCUGAGAUCUGCCAUGGAGGAUGAGAGGUUGUCUGGCGCGGCGGCCAUUAUGGGUGGUUGUAUACCGGGUGGUCGUCUGUAAGUGUCUCGACGUAGGCUAAAGGUUAGGUGGCAUGGAUUUGGUGGAGGAGCUUGUGAUGGUGAAGUUAGGCGGCGCUAGCCUUGAUUGGAUGUUGUGAUCUUAUCGAUGGACCCCAGAUCUUUGAACUGGCAUAUUGAUCACUCUUAAUGCGAUUUUAUUUCCAUAUAUUAAUAAGAACAAUAUCAGAAUAUCUAUCUUCCAUAAUAUGAACAUAUA